AUGUCUUCAUGGACAAGCUCAGAGUCCUCAGCCGCAUCUGUUUCUUCAAUGAAGAUUACAGGACCUGAAGUCCAGAUCGGCAAGAUUUUGUACAGCAAGUCCAAUGCUUACUCUGUCCUGGAUUUCAUUGGUGAAGGCUGCUACGGGAAAGUGGCGGUCUGCAAAAAUCUGGAGACGUCAGAGAUCGUGGCUAUUAAGAUCUUAAAGAAUGACCCUUCUGUCAAACAGGACACUGAGAAGGAACUGUCCAUUUUGAAGAUGGUCAGUGUCAUGGAUGCAGAUAGUACCAACGUGGUCAAGUUCUUUGAACAGUUUGAGCAUGAGGGAAACAUCUGUUUGGUGUUUGAGGUAUUGGACUGCGAUCUCAUCUAUCUGCUGGAAGAGCGACAACGUCAGCCAUUGCCUCUGGACGAAAUCCGUGCCAUUGCUCAUCAGCUGCUCGUGGCCUUGGUCACCCUGAAAAAGCUUGGAAUCUUGCAUACUGACAUCAAACCUGACAACAUUAUGAUUGUUAAUAGAAAAGAACAGCCUUUGAAGGUGAAACUGAUUGACUUUGGCAAUGCAAUUCCAGUAUCUAAAAUUAAACAAGGGUUAGAAAUUCAACCAGUAGGCUAUCGAGCUCCAGAGAUUACACUGGGCCUUCCUUACAAUGAGAAAAUCGAUGUCUGGAGCGUUGGCUGCAUCAUGGCCUUCCUCUUCCUGGCUGGAAACCUCUUCGCUGUCAAUUGUGAAUAUCAAAUGAUGAAGCAAAUCAUCUGCGUUCUGGGCCAGCCAGAUGACCAGCUGCUUCACACAGGGAAGUACACUGAGAACUACUUUACUGAAGAUGAGGAGGUUGGGGUUUCUCGAUAUAGACUCAUGACACCGGAAGAGUUUGAAGCAGCAAACAAUGUGAAACCCAAAAUACAGGACGUUUGCAGAGACUUUCCCAGACCCUUGGAAGAUAUGAUUGAGUUGCUCCCUGAGGGUGAGAUUGUAGACGCCGAGCUUGAGACCAGGAAGUCUUUCGUGGACUUGCUCAAACAGAUGUUGCAUCUUGAUGGGCGUCAGAGAAUUUCUGCCUCACAAGCAUUGCAGCAUCCUUUCAUCACGAUGGGUCAACUGCCCGACAGUGGUAUCUUGAGCCAAUUAACAGACAAAGAAGUAUUGUUCCAUCAACAAGAAAUCCCUUCGUCGGUUUCAAGGGCAGACUUUGAGUCCAACAAAAGCAUGUUGAAGAGGAUUCGCAAAUUAUUGCGACGAAUGAACACUGCAUUCUGUCGUGUGGCAAAGUUACUGGACUAA